UGGGAAUUGUUUCUGACAAGCAGCCACAUUUUUAGAGUGCUGCCAACAGUGCCAGCACUGGAAGCAUUCCAGUGCCACCAGCACCACCAGCAUCCCUCUGCUGCUUCAGGAACAAUGACCCCCCAAGGAAGAGAAAGAAGGAGUGUAAGAAACCUGCUGAGAGUGGGGAGGCAGCUGAAGAAUGUCCCAUUAGGAAGGGUGUUUCCAAUCUGCAGGAAAUGAAGAGCCGUUCAAAGAAAUCUACAUGUCGAGCGACUUCCUCUGGUGCAGGGAAAAAAAACAAAAGAGACAAAUAUCUCUGAGGAAGUGAAAUUCUGACAUAGACAAAAAUGCAAUUUCCGACUUUCCUGUGACUCCAGCCAGCCUUGGGAAAAAACAGCAGGACAAGGCACGGAGAAAGCCAGCAGGACAGGACUGAGGAGCUCCUGGUGAUCUGAACACUUUCUCUUUCUUCAUGUUUCUGACGUGGGAGGAGCCCCUUUACGACAUGAAUCCCAAAGGAUCAAGAGGUACCAGGAAGCACCGCUGAUCUGCACAGACCCCCUUUGCCUGCUGCUGCCCCACAGUGAACAGGGAUCUGCUGAGGAGCCGCAUGGUCCAAACCCAGAUUCUCCAAGCACUGACUCCCAGCCCCUCUGACCACAGCCAGGGACCACAUCCCACUGCUUGUCCAGUGUCCAUCCAUGGAAAUCACCACAGUGCCCCCAUCUCCUGCCUCAGCCACUGAAGGGGACAGUCUCUGCGAGAUAAAUGUCACCAACGUGGCCUUACACAGUGUGGCACUGCUCAUCUCGCUCUGUGGGCUGGCUGGGAACGGGGCUGCCCUUUGGCUCCUUGGCCCCCGCUGUUUAUCCAGGAACAGCACCACCCGUUUCAUUGUCGACCUGACUAUUUUUGACUUCCUUCUCUUCCUCCAUCUGGUGCCCUCCAGUCUGUUUUUUCUGCUGGAGGACAUGUCCUGCUUUGUCAUCAUGCCCUUGCAGUAUGUGUGGUUGGUUUUCUGCCUAUCACUGAUGUACAGCAGCCUGGGGCUGUACCUGCUGACAGCCAUCAACAUCCAGAGGUGCAGGUUCAUCCACUGCUGGGUCUGGCAAAGCUGCUACUGUCCCCAGCACCGCACAAAGGUGGUGUCUGCCCUGCUUGGGGCAUUGUCCAUCACUGUUAUUGCUCUCUAUACCGCAGUAAUUUUUCUGUGUGCGUCCCAGCUAUCUCAGCACUGCCGGGUGUCUCUCUUGUCCAUGUACGCCUUCAACAUCCUACUCUGUGCUCCCUUCACGCUCAUUUCCAGCACAGUUCUUUUCAUUAAGGUCAAGUCUGGCUCACACCAGCAGAAACCCAAGAGGCUUGACAUUGUUAUCUGCCUCAUUUUGCCCUUCACUCUGCCCCUCAGCAUCUGGAAAUUCCUACAGGAGUUUGGCUAUACCAUUUUCUCCUCCCAGGAGGCUUUCCUGCUCAUCUGCAUCCACAGCACCAUCAAACCCUUCAUCUACUUCUUGGCAGGGAGCUGCUGGAGGCACUGCUCUAUAGGAUCCCUCCGGCUCUCACUCCAGGGCAUCUUUGAGGAGCCAGAAGAAAGCCCUGCUGAUAUCGAUGAUCCUGCCAUGGAAGCUUGCUCAGAGUCUCAUGAUUCCACCUGCUGCAUUGCUGAGGGAGCCUGGGACAGUGGGUGAGGCUUUCCGGGAGCCACCUGAUGAAUAAAAUCCACAGUGUCACCCUCCCUUUGCUGGUGCAUCCGCCUUUCCAGGCUCCACUGGGAUCUGAGAAAUGCUCCUGAGGCAUCAGCCUUGAGGAACAGCCCCUGGGCUCUGCUCUUCUGCAGCUCAUCAGAAACACUCUCUGUUCCCAGGAACUGCUGCUAUCCAACAACCUCCUGGGUUUUAUGGAAAGCCUUGCAAAUUAUUUCACUUCCCUGAAUGGCACUACAUCCCUGUUCUCACACUUUCACAGAAAGCUGCCAGCCCAAAGUGUGGCCAGGAUGAAACUUGAUUGUGACAGAAACCCAUCCCUUGGGGCCUGUAAACAGUGGUCAAAAAGGAGACCCUUGGAGCUCUCCUGGGCCCCAGCAGUGCUGACCAGAACCUCCCUGGGAGUGGGGCCUCUCCCAGCCGGGAUCUCUCCCGUUUGCUGUCCUCGGGUGAUCCCUGAACACCGACGGGUCCUGGGCCGAUCCCCCCACUGCUCGAGGCUCAGCCCUUGGCACAGUGAGGAGAUGCAAACACAUCCACAGUAAGCAUUUCCCUGCCUCCAAGGGGAAUUUCUCACAGGGACUCUGCACUGGCUCUGUCUGUGUGCACACACGUGUGCAUCUGCCAUGGCAAAUGUGGGAGCAAUGCUGCUCUCUCAGGUGUUUUAGUACCUGAGACAUCUGAGUGAGUAAGGCCUGCAAAGAAGUACAAGGCAUAAGUUAUGUUAAAUGGUGGUAACUGUUAUUCCUCUGUUGAGUGUGCAAAGUUUAAGGUAUAACUGAAGCACUGUUAAGUUUGCGUGCUGUAAAGCUUUUAGGCCAUUUCUUUUUCUCCUUAUCCUCACUGUCCUUUAGUCACACGCACCUGAACACACAGAAACACACACACAGGGACAGUACUUUGGUCUGUGAUUGCUUAAUAUUACACCUUGUUUUUUACUGAUAUCCUUUCUAGUGGUUUUGUGUCUUCAGAAAUUCUUCCUCUGCCCUGGCUUUCACCUCUCCCUCAGGGGGAUCAGAUGGUGCAGCUAAAAGGGGAGGGGGAGUCUGUGGUCCUCAGCACAACCACUCCCUUCCAGGGGCAGGGUGACAUCUGUGUUUUUCGCCAUGGGCUCCACAGGGCAUCAACCCCAUUCCUGUGGCUUUGCUGAGUUUACUGAGCUGGCAGUGUUCAGCCUGGAGGAGGCAAGGCUUCAGGGAGACCUUAGAGCCACUUCAAGAGCCUCAAGAAGCUCCAAGAACUACAGAGGCCCUUUGGACAAAGGCCUGAAUUGACAGGACAAGGGGCAGUGGCUUCCCACUGCCAGAGAACAGGGUUAAGUGGAAUACUGGGAAGAAAUUCUUCCCUGUGUGGGUGGUGAAGCCUGGCACAGGUUUCCAGAGAAACUGUGGCUGCCCCAUCCCUGGAAGCAUUCCAGACCAUGUUGGAUGAGGUUUGAAGCAGCCUGGCCUAAUGGAAGGUGGCCCUGAUGAGAAAAGAGUGACAUCAGACAAAAACAACCACAAGUGUUCCCAAGAUUGAGGAGGAGGAAGAUGAGCUCUGGUGAAGGGCUGGAAAUGGGACAGCAGCACCCCAAAAUCUGCUCUCCAGUUGCUUUUAUUGCAUCAUCAAGGGUAUUGGGAGUAAGUAAUGUGAGCUCUAAUGCCAAUAGCCUGGCUGAAAGCAUGUCCUGGUCUGACACUGGCCAAACACCAGCCACCCCUGAAAGCCAUUUGCUCACCUUCUCUUGCUCUCAGCUGGACAGAGGGCAGGGAAACAAAUAUUAACAAAGGGCUCAUGAGUUGAGAUGAGGACUGGGAGAAAAACCACUUUCAGAAUAAAAAAAAAAUAGGUUCAAAUUUAAUGGUAUUAAGCAAAUUUAUUAUUGACAGAAUGUAAGAGUCAGUCCAACGUUUCUCUGAUCUGCCUCACGACCAUCAUCAGAGACUGAGACCCCAGGACCCCACCAUUCGCUCUGGACCUGAGUUCUGGCCUGGCCAAAGUGGAUGUUUGUCAAGGAUUGUUUGUAGGUAUGUCUGAUGCUUGCCAUGGUAUGCUGCUCUCGAGCAGGGUACUGGUUAUAGCAUCUGUUCCAGCACAUGUUUCUUUGAGCAUACUGUUUCUUUCUCUGCAUACAGUAGUCCAUAAAUCUCCCCACAUUUUGGCCAGAGGCCACUCGCUUUGGAAAAGGACUAUAAAAAGUGACUUUCUUAAAGAGACUUUGAGAUCUCUUUCUCCCCAAUGGAUUGAAGACAUGUCUAUCAUCAGACGACUUGAGGACUUGUGCCUUCUGUUGGUAGCUAUCCCCAUCCUUUGAAUCUCUUUUUCCCCUUCUACUUCGUUUCCUUUACCCCUUUCUCUCUCCCUCUCUCUCUCUCUCUCUCUCUUCUGUUGCAAAACUGAAUUGUUGGAAUGCAAUAAACUGCAUUGCUGCUUGCUGCUGAAUAAAACUUGAGUCUCCUUGCUUUUUGUCUUUUGCACCCCGGGGUCAAAUGAACCAUCAUGACUCCUGCUCAGGUUGAGUGGAUUGUGACACAGAAUCAGAGGACGAUCAUAAGAAGUAAAAUAAAACUUUAAAACACCUUUUUCCCUCCCAGCCCCUCCCUCCUUCCCACCAACUGUGCAUGGAGACAGGCCGUGGGAGUUUUGGUCAGUUUAUCACUCGAGAUUUUCUUCUGUUCGCUCAGGGAGAGGAGUUUUUUCUGCCAUGUCAUGGGGUCUCUCCCACAGAAAACAGUUCACCAUGAACUUCUCCAGCGUGGCUCUAAUCUCAGGAGCAGCAGUCCUGCCAAAACUGUGGCAACGUGAGUCCCUCCAAUGGACAAACAGUCUUCUCAAAGCCAUUAUGGCGUGGGUCACUCUUCCAUAGGGUGCAGUCCUCCAAAGGUAGGCUGCUCUAGCUUGGAAGCAAGGGCUCUCUUUCUUGCUGGAAGCAGGAGUCCUCUCUCUGCACUCGGGUCUCCCACUGGAUCACAGAUUUCUCUGGCAUGCACCUGCUCCAGCUUGAGCACUUCUCCCACAGGCUUCAAGUGUGUUUCUGCAUCCCCUAGGGACUUCAUGGACUGCAGGGGUGUGGCCACUACAGGCCCAGGGAAAAUCUUAAAGGAUUUUUCCUGUCUAACUUUCUCAGGCUCAGCUAGAGUUUUUCCCAAGCUAGAUACCUUUCUCUAAUGUAAACGUAAGAGAAAGAAUUAUAACAAAAGACAAACACCUGUUGGAUCUGUGAGAAAGCCUGGGACAAGAGAUGUUCCCUUCUCAGAGCAAUGAAUCUUCUGUAUUUUGUUUUGCACAAACUCUCUAAUUUAAAACAAUGGCUUUGUUCAAUAAAUUGCUCUUUCUUGCUCUU